AUGAAAGCCUUUACAUUUUUGCUUGUGGUUUUGGCUUCGGCCAGUUGUCUUUUGACUGCUCAGGCCAACCUUAUUGAAUCGAGCGAAUUAAGCUUGGAUACCGAGGCUGACUUUGACUAUGAGUACGAAGUGGAAAUACUUAUGGAUGAAAUGGAUGAUAGCUACGAGUUUAUGGAGGAAAAUCCUUUGGCUGCCUUGAGGACUGUUCGUGGCGCCGAUUGCAUUAUCAGGGAGGUGGAAAGUGUGCUGGACGCUAGCAGAAACUACCUGAAAUCCGUUGAGCGCUGCGGCUCCGAUCUUCCCAAGGAUGCUAAGGAUCUUAUCAAAUCCGUGAAGGACAUCGUCCAUAUCUCCGACACCAUCAUUAAUUUGCGUGCCAGGCUGUGCAGCAGGGACCGAUUCUUCUUGACCAGACUGUACCACAAGUUGAGGUGCUUCUUUAGGGUGUUCGGGGCCACCUUGAAGCUGGUCAGGGAGGUUCCCAGGGCUCUGAGGGAGAUAGCCAAGUUGCCAGCUAAUGCCGGCCACUGCGUUAUCAAAGCUACCGACGACGUUAAGGACUCUCUCACCUCCUUCUCUCCCAAAAUGAAGACCUGCCUUAAGAAGUAA